AGCUAUUAUAUAUGACCCCUAAGAGCCUCACGAUCCAAAUCAGAAAAAAUGAGACGAAACACAAUCAUGUCAACCAAGGUUAGGCUAUUUGCAACAUUGAUAUUCUUCUCUUCAAUGCUCUCAUUUGCAGCAUCAAAGAGCACCGAAGCCAACAUAACUUGGUGGUGCAACCACACACCACACCCUUCAACAUGCAUGUACCACAUGAGCCAUAGCCACCAUCAUUUUUCUCUCAAACAUAGGUCCCAAUUUCGGAUAAUGUCUAUCCAAUUAGCCCUUCAGAGCGCCCUCAUUGCACAAUGUCAGGUCUCACAAUUCGAACAGAAUUGUGAGAACCAGAACCAAAAAGCUGUAUGGUCAGAUUGUUUAAAACUUCACUCUAAUACCAUUCUUCAACUUAACCGCACCCUAAUUGGUUUAGAAAAGAAGAGGCCUCCGUGUACAGAUCUUGAUGCACAAACAUGGCUAAGCACGGCUCUAACCAACAUCCAAACAUGCCGAACCGGGUCCUUGGACCUUAAAGUGACAGAUUUUACGAUGCCAGCCGCGUCGAAAAACUUGUCUGAGCUCAUUAGCAAUACUCUGGCUAUCAAUGGGGUUUCGCUUGCAACUGAAGAUAAUAACACACAAGGGUACUUUCCUAGCUGGUUCUCGGGGCAAAACAGACGGCUAUUGCAAUCCACAUCAAUAGCAGCAAAGGCGAAUCUAGUUGUGUCAAAAAAUGGUUUUGGGAAUUUUAGGACUAUUCAGGCAGCUAUUGAUGCAGCCUCAAAGAGGAUGUCCAGAACUAGGUUUAUUAUAUAUGUGAAAAGAGGAGUUUACAGGGAAAAUAUUGAAGUUAGAGUUAACAGCAACAAUAUUUGGCUGGUUGGAGAUGGAUUGAGACGUACUAUAAUUACAAGUAGCCGGAGUGUUGGGGCUGGUUAUACAACUUAUAGUUCUGCAACAGCUGGUAUUGAUGGCCUUCGCUUUGUGGCUCGUGGCAUUACCUUCGUAAACACGGCAGGUCCGCUAAAGGGUCAAGCAGUUGCGCUCCGAUCAGCCUCAGAUCUCUCAGUUUUCUAUCGAUGUUCCUUUCAAGGAUAUCAAGACACCCUUUUUGUCCACUCUCAAAGGCAAUUCUAUAGAGAAUGCUACAUCUUUGGCACCAUAGACUUCAUUUUUGGUAAUGCAGCAGUCGUGUUCCAAAAUUCUAUUAUUUACGUGAGGAAGCCUUUGAAGGGUCAAGCAAAUAUGAUAACAGCACAAGGCCGUAAUGACCCUUUCCAAAACACCGGAAUUUCUAUCCAUAAUUCGCAAAUUCUACCAGCACGUGACUUGAAGCCGGUAGUUCAAGCAUUUCAAACGUACUUGGGGAGGCCAUGGAUGCAAUAUUCUAGGACUGUUAUUCUUCAAACUUACAUUGAUAGUUUUAUUAAUCCAUCAGGUUGGUCACCAUGGCUACGUACCAGUAACUUUGCUCAAGACACAUUGUAUUAUGGAGAGUAUAAAAAUUUUGGGCCUGGCUCUUCAACCAAAAGGAGGGUUGCUUGGAAAGGGUAUCAUGUGAUAACUAGCCCUGGUGUGGCCUCACGUUUCACCGUUAGAAACCUCAUCGCUGGAGAUUCAUGGUUGCCAGCAACCAAAGUCCCAUUUACUUCUGGCCUUUGACCAUCUAUGCUGUGGUAUUUGUCACUGUAUUUAUUUUGUAAUUCAAUUUUUUUUUUGUACAUUUUAACACA